UCAGCUGAUGAGGGCUCGGCAGGCGGGCAGGACUCCUGUCUGCCUGCCUGUCAAGUAGGAGCUGCCCCAUCCACAUGUAAAGAAGGAAGCGGGUGGGUACAGCCGAGCCUGUUCCCCCCCUUUUUUUUUCUAUUUUCCUCUCACCUUUUAAUCUCUGUCCACACUGGGUCAGAAAGAGAGACAGAGAGAAAAAAGUCUAUUUUUUUGUGUGUGUGUGUGUGUCAUCUUUGGACUUGCUAUAUUUAUUCAAGAGCCUGUCACCACUGCAUGCAGCAUGGGGUCUGAUGACUCGUACAAUUUUGUGUUUAAAGUGGUUUUGAUAGGGGAGUCCGGCGUAGGAAAGAGCAACCUUCUCUCCCGCUUCACCAAGAAUGAGUUCAACCACGACAGCCGCACAACCAUCGGUGUUGAGUUCAGCACGCGGACCGUCCAGCUCAACAACUACAUCAUCAAAGCUCAGAUCUGGGACACAGCUGGACUGGAGCGCUACAGGGCCAUCACCUCAGCGUAUUACAGGGGAGCGGUCGGGGCUCUGCUGGUGUACGACGUUAGCAAGCACCUGACCUAUGAGAGUGCAGAGCGGUGGCUGAAAGAGCUGUACGAACACGCAGACCCUCACAUCGUGGUCAUGCUGGUGGGAAACAAGAGAGACCUGGACACCCUCAGGACUGUGCCCACAGAGGCGGCCCGGGACUUUGCAGAUAAGAAUGGUCUUAUGUUCAUGGAGACGUCAGCGUUGGACUCCACCAACGUGGAGGCUGCUUUCAACGAAGUCCUCACGGCGAUCCAUAAGAAGGUGGCUAGUAAAGAGGUGACCCGUGGCUCCAUUAGCGCUGUGACUCUGUCCGGCUCCUUUGGACCGACCGGUGAGGCCCAAGAGGAGCGCAGAAGCUGCUGCAAGAGCUCUUAACUCAGACUCUGCUGGGCCCAUGUUACAGCUACGUUCUGAGUAUGACAUCAAGAGCACCGUGUGUACCGUGUGGUGGCUGAUGGAUGCUUUUAUCCAUGUGUUGUGAACGUGUGUAAUGAGUUGUAAAGUUUAUAAAGGAAUGCACUGGGAUUACUUUGGAAUAAAUUAUUUAUGUCA